AGAAGACGAAGAAGAAGACGACGACGACGACGACAAAUUGAAAAGGAGAAGAAGAAGAAAAAGAAGCCCUCGGCCAAAAGUAAUUUGUCACUGGGCUUGUUGUCGCAGGCAUGGCGUUGCAAGAGAACCUGUAUUUCAUCAUAACGAAGAAAUCUGACUUCCAUGGCAGUUUCAGACCAGGCCGUUUAUGCUAUAUCCCCCAGUUGAGAUAUGCAUCCAUAUUAAGAAGAACUGCAUGUCCCUCAAAAUUGCCUGUCAUAUGCAUUGGCUCAUCUUUGGAUGAUAACAUUGAGGUUCAUGACAUAGAGGAAGUGAGUGAACAUGAGGCUAAUCUGCUGCAGGCUUUGGAUGAGGACUCUGAGAGGCUGAAAUGGUUUGAAGAGAAGGUGACUCUAAGAGAAGCUCUAGAGCUUAUUGUGAAUACCCCAGUUACAGUUACUAACAAACAAGGAAAUGAGAAGCUGAGAGGGAUCAUCCGCUAUAUUGGGAAGCUGUCAGAGAUCUUUCGUCCUAUACCAGGAGUGUUCUUUGGGAUUGAAUUGCAGGGACCAGACAAAGGAAAGGGACAAACUGACGGGACAUAUGCCCGUAAAAGUUUAUUCUCCUGUAAGAAAAAUUGUGGCAUUUUUGUCCCGUUCACUAGAGUCAGGCCCACAGUACCUAGUUCCUUGUCACCCUCAGUUCUUCAGCCUACUCCACAGACUCAAACAGAUCAUCUGGCUUUAGGGGAUAGAAUGAGCUUUUCUGAUUAUGAUAGUGUCAGCCAAAGAAUGGGGAUGGAUCUGGCAGAGAAGGUGGGACAUCAGUAUCGCCGCAGCUCCACAGACACAGAUAAAGACGGGAGGAAAGGAGGGGAGAUUGAAGUUCCCCUGAGCAUUGGUUUUAAGGAGGAAGAGCAAAAUGCAGGGCCAUAUUGCAAGGAAAUUGAUAGCCCCUUGACUGACACUCAUCACAUGGAUCUGAGUGUGAACUCUCUUGUGGAGGUGACCUUGGCUACAGGCAAUGCUUAUGGAAUUAUCCGCUGGAUUGGCAAGGUGCCUGGUCGAGAAGAAACCAUGGCUGGACUGGAGUUGGAGGAUAACAAAGGUGUAAGUGAUGGCACCUUUAAAAAUGAGCGUUUCUUCAUCUGUCCCUCUGGUAAAGCACUUUUCCUCAAGUUGUUGUCCUGCCGUCCUGACUCACGUUUUCAGACUACAUCAGCCAAACACUUUGAAUGGGGGAGAGAACACAGUGCAAAGAAGCUGGAAAGUGUUGCUCCUAUCAGCUCAGAGCAAGUUAAGCAGGUUCUAAUAGGACGAAUGAAGGGAAUCCAAGGCCACUGUAACUCCUGCUAUAUGGAUGCUGCCCUCUUCAGUUUGUUUUCUUGCACUUCUGUUCUGGACUCCCUCCUGUUUAAAUCGACAGAGUCUCGAGAUGCCCCAAUUCAGAACACAUUGCUCCAUGAUAUUGUGAACCCUCUCCGCAGUAAGGGCUUUGUGGAAGGAAGGCACAUUAUGAAGCUUCGGCAGCAGCUCCAGGAACAUGGCUAUAGCAACUCCUUCACCACUGAUGAAAAAGAUCCAGAGGAGUUCCUCACUGUCAUCAUGCACCACAUUCUCACUUUGGACCCUCUCCUCAAAUUAUCAGCAGGUGGUAAAGUACAGGAGAGCUUUUACUACCAGAUCUUCCUGGAUCAAAACCACAGUCUAAUUCUUCCGACUGUCCAGCAGUUAAUAGAGCACUCAUUCCACAAUGCAGGACUCAAACUGGCUGAGGUGCCAUCAUGCCUCAUCCUCCAAAUGCCUCGCUUUGGGAAGAAAUUCAAGAUGUUUGAGAAGAUUGUUCCCUCUCUAGAGCUUGACAUUACUGACCUCCUUUCAGAAGGUCCUCAACAGUGUAUGCUGUGUGGACAGCUGGCCACUGAAGAGUGUAUGGACUGUUUUAAAGAACCUGUUUUUGGCCAGACAGGAUUCAAACUGUUCUGCAAAACCUGUUCUUCUCAGGUGCACUGUCAUCCCCAGCGUCGGUCUCAUCAAACCACUGCCCUGGAGAUUCCUCAGGGUUUUCAGGGACACGCUGUAUCUCAUGUCCUGGCGAGAGACAAAUUGGAGCUGUUUGCUGUGCUCUGCAUUGAAACAAGCCACUAUGUCUCUUUUCUCAAGCACGGGCCAAACAACCAAGACUGGAUCUUCUUUGACAGCAUGGCCGACAGGCAAGGGGAGAAAGACGGCUUUAACAUCCCUCAAGUGCAGGCCUGCCCCGAGGUGGGUGUGUACCUUGAAAUGUCCCCUGUUGAGCUAGCCAAUCAGGUGCCUCGUGACAUGAAAGGCGUGGCCAAGCGUCUCUUCUGUGAUGCCUACAUGUAUCUAUACCAAAGCACUAGUAUGUGCCUCUAUCGCUGAUGAUAUUAUUACAGUGGAAAGACCAUUGCAUACUAAUUGCUAAGUUUACCUGGGAACAAAUACAAUAUCUAUCCAUUAUCCUUGUACCCCAUAUGUCUAACAUCCUGUUAUUGUAUUUAUGGUUAAAGUAAAAGCAAAUUUCACAUACAUUUAUUCUGAAUUUUUGGUCCAGACUUUUCUGCUGUUUGAAUUUUGCCAAUGACAUUGCAAAGUUUCUUUGUAUUUGUACUUGUAUUUAAAAUUAUAGCUGUUUCAUGGAAGUUUCCUACAUUGUAUAUAGAGGGGUAUCUCGUGGCAACUGACACGUUAAUUGCUCAUACAUUUUCAGGUGUAAUCUGACAAGAGAAAAAAAAUAUCACUGGCACAUUGAUAAUAGAUAAACAGUACUUUGCACUAUAAUCUAAAAAAAUGCACUUUUGUUUUCUUUCAAUGCUUCAGUGUUUUCCCUUCAUUAGAUAAAUUUAUUUUAUUUGAGAUACUUUAUUGAUGAUAUUGUAGGGAAAUUGCGCUCUGCUAUUUAAAUAAAUUGAUAAGAUAAAAUAGAUUUAUUUUAUGGUAGUCAUGCCAUUUUUAUCUCAGAGAAAAAUGGUUUGUCAUGCCAAAAUGGACACAUAUGCAUAAUGGAGAUGGGUGAAGUCUUGUAAGAGUGUGACAGUUUUUGUUUAGUGACAUGCUGAAAUGUUUUCGCUACUAAAAUUUACAUUAAAUUUUCUUAAUCAGAUCACCAAUGCACCUUAAUGUCUGCUGACAAGUUUGGGUUUGGGGUAGUGCCUGAAUUGGGAGCUGUAGAUGUUCCAGUUACUGUAGAAUUCCUUUGUCUCAGGGAAAGUGUGGUCAUGAUAUGAAAUCGUCUUAAUUUUUGGGUGUGUUUUGUGGUUGAAAUCUGUAGUUCGCUUUAAUUCAUACCUUUUUCAUUCUUUCGUAAUUAUGAAAUUUUACAUAUUCCUGGGGAAAUUGCACUAAAAUAAUUAUGCUUUAGCGUGAAUGUUAUCAUGUGCUAAAUCUGUGACCUGUUCUAUUUUCGGAUCUAUGGUUUCUGAUGAAAUUCUACCACAUUUUGAUUCACAGACUGAGUAAAAUAAAUGACUGAUGUGAUUUGUCACUUGAACGAGCACAAGUGAGGGAAACAGUCACUACAAAAUAAUUUGAGUAUUUUUUUAUUGUCUUUUGAAACAGACACUGUGGAUAUAGUGGAUAAAGUCACAUUACUCUAAUUUGGUUUAGUUCCUUUUGAAAAAGAUCCACUUUAUUGGCUAAUUUUACAUAUUGUAAGUGUACAUAGACAUUGAAAUGUUUGUUUCCCUUUAUCUCAAAUUGCCACACAAAUGCAUUGUUUCAAAGAUGAGAGUGGGCAGGAUUAUCGUUUGAGAGAACAGGUUGUUUGUUGCUCAAGGGCACUUCGGCAGCGAUGGUAUAGCUAGUAGAUGUAGAAGUCAGGUGCCAGCCCUUGGGGGGUUUUUGAGUUGAUAGUUUUCUUCUUUUCAUACAUUACUUGGUCAUUGACCAUAAAGCCCAUAGAUGUAGACAUCAGAUGAAAUAGACGAACCUGCUGAUGCAAAAUUCCAGCCUCCAGCUGUGGGUUUGGCUGGCGUUCUACCAUAAGACUUUUCUGCCACCGAAGCUGACAUAGAUUCAUAUUGGUGGUAUAUCAUAAUGAUAUUAAAUUGAUGCAAAGUUUAAGAAUGUAAAUUCUUGUGGAAAAAUGUUUUCUGAAA